AUGGUGGUGGUGGUCCGUUCAUCCAUUGAAAGAGGGGGGGUGACCGGAAUACCAGCUCCGACAGUGAGUUUACAAAAUGUCACUUCACUAUACAGCAUCAUCUUUGAUCGUUUAUCCAAAAACGGAAGAUUAUAUGAGGAAGCCACCAAAAAGCAUUUAAAUGAAUAUGCAGAAGCCGGGUUACGUACACUAGCAUUUGCUUACAGAAAGCUUGACAUUUCUGAAUAUUCUUCUUGGAACGGUGAAUUUUCAAAAGCCAAAACUUCCAUCGGUGGUGAACGAGACACAAUGCUUGAACAUUUAUCUGACAUAAUGGAAAAAGACCUAAUUCUUGUUGGCGCAACCGCCGUGGAGGAUAAACUUCAGCAAGGGGUACCCCAAUGUAUUGAUAAACUGGCACAAGCUGGUUUAAAACUAUGGGUUCUUACUGGCGAUAAGAUGGAAACCGCAAUCAACAUAGGAUUUGCUUGCAGUUUACUUCGGCAGGGGAUGAAGCAGAUACGUAUAACAACAAAUGUGGACCACACUUCUAAUAUGGUAAUUGUUCAUCACCACCAAAUGAAAGCUUCCGAAACAAGAUCAUCUUCAACGUUCAUCUCCUGCAACUUCUGUUCGAAACAUAACUUCCCGAAAAACCGAUUCUGA